CGUUGCUCCAUUCACAGUCAAGAGACUAGCUAAUUGCCUCGUCGAUUUUAAUUCAUUUAUCUCGUCGGAAAUGUUGAAUUCGAUGAUCUUACGACCAUCAUUUUGAUUCAUACUCUCGCUACCACGAUUUUGAGCUUCUUGUAACAGGAAUCAACAAAGAAGAUUAAACGUUCUUAAUUUGAGUCUACAUAAGCGAUCGCGCGUCGUCUACGCGCCUCGUAUACGAGCCAUUGACGCAAUCUUUAGUUUUGCAAUCGUCCAAGGAUUGCAGAAAGCCAUUCUGAAAAUCACGGUAAUAACGGAGGAGCGAUCCCCUGCAAGGACACCGAACUUCUCCUGGCUGAUUGCAUUUUUCCCGAUGGGAAUACUGUGACAAGGACAAGCAACGCGCCACGGGUUGUUGCACUUGUAAAAAUCGACAAUUUGCUUUACCGAUCGGAAUGUUAAUCCGAGAUCUUGGAAUCAUCUGAAAUUAAUAAACAUAAUUUUCCUGGAAGAAAUUUGAGGACGAAAAUGAGAUUGCUCCUAAGGGAGAUAAGAAUAAUAUUAAAAAGAUUUUGGAAGGAAAAUAUGAGAAAGGACGGAGUCGGGUGACACAAUGGAUUAUCUCACGUGAUCGACAUUUGGUUUGUCAGGCUGUACCUAACUUUUCUGAUCGUUAUCUCUAUUCUUUGUCUAUAGAAAGGAAGGAAGAAGGAGAGGGAGAGAGAGAAAGAGAGAGAGAGAGAGAGAGAGAUCAAGCUACUUCUACGUUUCGAUCGUCUGUGAAAUUUUUAUAUUGAAGAAUCAUGGCGAUUGGAAUCGUGAAGAAAACGAGCAACUUCAGUUUCGUCAGGAGUAGCGUGGGUUUGCUCACAACGAUGGUCGUCGUGGGAUUGGCACUUUCACCUACGUUCCGACAGUACGAUAUUUCGGAAUAUGUUUACGGCGUUGACAGCGAUUUACAAGCGAGAGUACGUGCAGCAAUCGAAUCCGAGAGGCAUGCUUAUCAAUCGAAAUCUUGGUUGCAGAACAGGAUGGAGUCGAACGGUGCUCCUUGCACAGCAAGAUCAGGGCGACCUUGUCCACCAAGCAAGUAUAGAACUCCUUCCGGAACUUGCAAUAACGUGAGACAUCAUGAUUGGGGUGCCAGGGGUUCUCCGUUUUUAAAGUUAUUACCUCCUGCAUAUUCCGACGGUAUUGGAAGUCCACGACAAUCAUUGAGCAGUCAUAGUCUUCCAUCAGCUACGGAAACGGUUGAGGGUAUACGAAGUUCGUUGAAAUUUGGCGAACCCCAUGAAGCAUUGACCAGUUUUGCUGGUGUAUGGUCCGAAUUGAUACUUCAGGAUAUAGCCUCGACCAUUCACGUCGAUCGUGAUGGACGUCGUUGUUGUUCCGUCAAAGAUCGACAUCCAGAGUGUUACGAGAUCAAUGAUCAAGAAGGAUGUAUCGGUUACAUGAGAUCGGUGCCAACGAUGUCGAUCGAUGAAUGCGAAUUCGAUGGUAGAAAACAAAUGAACAGUGAGUCCAGUUAUUUGGAUGGUUCGAAUCUCUAUGGAAGCAACGAUGAUAAAUUACACAAAGUUAGGAGUUACGUUCGUGGUAAGGUGGAACCAUCAGCUUGUGAGAUUUGCAACGAUACGAAUACCAGCCCGUUAGGAUAUCUUUACGUAGCUCUGUUGAACGAACAUAAUCGAAUAGCUGAAAGAUUAUGGGAAAUGAACGAGCAUUGGGACGACACGAAAUUAUUUCUCGAGGCAAGACGAGCUUUAAUAGCACAAAUACAACAUAUUACAUUGAACGAAUACGUACCAAGUAUCCUAGGCGAGUUAGCUUUGAUCGAUCCUGAGUUAAGACCAGCUACCAACGGAUUCUUUAAUGGUUACUCGUCAACGAACAAAGCAGGAACUUACGACGCCGUUGCUUUGGCCGCAUUGCGUAUUUUGACCUCCUUACGCAAACAGAAUACGUGUUCUUCAGGCAUGUGUCUCGAAGAUCACGUCACUGCGUUAGCUAAUCGUGUUAGUUUUAAUCUUGGAAUUUCUACGAACGAUUCGAACUUUGAUGCCGCUGCUAAAUCUAUCCAUGUUGCACGUGAUCACGGUGUACCUGGAUAUAUUGAAUUUGUAGAAUUCUGUUCGGCUAAUCUCAGCAAGCCUAAAAAUUUCAAAGAUCUCGAAGGAGUUAUACAACAGGAGAAUGUUAAACUAUUGGAGUCUAUUUACACCAGAAUAGAAGACGUGGAUCUUUUAGUAGGAGGAAUAUUGGAAAUACCAAUGAAAGGAAUGGCAGUGGGCCCAACGUUCUCCUGUCUUCUCAAGAAACAGUUUGUCAACGUGAGAUAUUCGGAUAGAUUCUGGUAUGAAAACGAUAUUCCACCGUCAGGUUUAACGUCGGCACAAUUAGCAGAAAUUCGUAAAGUUUCGCUCGCAGGACUUCUCUGUGAGAACAGUGAAAUUCGUAAGAUACAACCUAAAGCAUUCAUACAACAAGAUCCUUAUCUCAACGCUAAAAUUAAUUGUAAUCAGUACGAGGUACUGGAUCUGUCAGCUUGGAGAGACGAACCUUUGCCUGUUCCUGUAAUCGAUAAUUACAUGACAACGACCCAAUCAGUUCCUGAUCUAUCUUUCGAAAUUAGUCCGGAUUUAAUAGCAAUGGCAGUGAAAAAAGCUGAACAAGAUCUGAUCGGAAGAAGACAAUUGGAAUACAAUGCUUGGUUGGAACAAAGAAUAGCUGAUCCAAAAUCACCAGCUGGUACAGCUGCAAGUUUUUCCAAAGCAAACAAAGACGCUUUGUUAUUGGCAAAUUCUUCGAUCAUGUAUGAGUUAGCAACAAACGAGAUUUUAAAUGGCGUUCAUGGCCUUAGGCGCAGAAAACGACAGAUUUUUGAUACAACAGACAACGUUCUUGGCUUUCCAAAUAAUGACUUCUCCGAUAUACUCCAAAACGUUGACAUAUCUGGAUUUUUACCUCAGCAUAAGGCAACGAAUCACGAGGAAGUAGAAUGUCCGGCUGAUAAUAAUCCUUGUGAUCCAACUACACCGUACAGAACAUUGUCAGGACACUGUAACAAUCUUCGUAAUCCAAAUCUAGGACAAUCCUUGACCACUUUCGCCAGAUUGUUACCACCGGUGUACGAAGACGGUGUAUCCAAGCCAAGAAGUAGAUCCGUAACAGGUGUACCCUUACCUAAUCCAAGAGUAGUAUCAACAGUGAUUCAUCCAGAUAUCUCGAACCUUCACAACAGAUAUACUCUAAUGGUUAUGCAGUUCGCUCAGUUUCUUGAUCACGAUUUAACUAUGACACCGAUUCACAAGGGUUUCGCAGAGUCUAUACCAAGUUGUAGAUCAUGCGAUUCUCCGCAAACAGUUCACGCCGAAUGCAAUCCAUUCCCUGUACCACCAGGUGAUCAUUUUUAUCCAACGGUAAAUGUCACGUCUGGCGCACGAAUGUGUUUCCCAUCGAUGAGGUCGUUACCCGGUCAACAACAUUUAGGUCCUAGAGAACAGGUGAAUCAGAACACAGCAUACUUGGAUGGCUCAGUGGUAUAUGGCGAGAACAAUUGCAUAGCUAACAUUUUACGUGGUUUUAAUGGCCGUAUGAACAUAACAACGAAUACUAAUCGUGGUAAAGAUUUAUUACCACAAUCGGCUACGCAUCCAGAAUGCAAGGCAAGAUCGUCUUACUGCUUUAUCGGAGGAGAUGGUAGAGCAUCCGAACAACCUGCUUUGACCGUAAUGCAUACUAUGUGGAUACGAGAACACAACAGAAUCAUGGAGGGAUUAAGACAAAUCAAUUCACAUUGGGACGGUGAAAAAUUGUAUCAACAGUCACGACGAAUAAUCAGUGCUAUGCUUCAACAUUUGACUUACAAUGAAUUCUUACCAAGAAUUUUAGGAUGGAACGCCGUUAGCCUCUACGGCUUGAAAUUACUUCCACAAGGUUAUUACAAAGAGUAUUCACCAACUUGUAAUCCAAGUGUUUUGAACGAGUUUGCAACUGCUGCUUUUAGAAUAGGUCAUUCCUUAUUGAGACCACAUUUGCCACGAAUGGAUCGUAGUUAUCAGAACGUUGAUCCUCCUAUACUUUUACGUGAUGGAUUCUUCAAUCCUGAUAUGCUUUAUCAAUCAGGUAUGAUCGAUGAAAUGACACGUGGAUUGGUAGCAACUCCUAUGGAAACUCUUGAUCAAUUUAUCACUGGAGAAGUGACCAAUCAUUUGUUUGAAAAUCGACGAAUACCACACUCUGGUGUAGAUUUGAUCGCUCUGAACGUUCAUCGGGCUAGAGAUCAUGGAAUACCUUCUUACAAUCAAUACAGAGCUCUUUGUAAUUUAAAAAAAGCUACAACCUUCGAAGAUUUGUCAAGGGAAAUGGCGCCUGAAGUAAUAGCACGUAUGAAACGAAUCUAUGCUUCCGUCGAUGACAUUGAUUUAUUCCCUGGUGGAAUGAGUGAAAGACCUCUUCAAGGAGGUCUCGUAGGUCCAACAUUCGCAUGCAUAAUAGCUAUACAAUUCAGACAAUUAAGGAAAUGCGAUCGUUUCUGGUAUGAAACCGAUGAUCCAAAUAUUCGAUUUACCGAACAUCAAUUGGCAGAAAUUCGUAAAACGACAUUGUCAAAAGUCAUGUGUGAGAACAUGGACGAACACGUAGAGAUGCAGAGAGCAGCAUUCGACUUACCAAGUAAUUUCUUGAAUCCUAGAGUACCCUGUAGCUCGAUGCCGCAUAUGGAUUUCUCUGCAUGGCGAGAAACAAGACAUGGAUGUCAAAUAGGUGGGAGGAACGUCGCCAUUGGCGACUCUGGUUUUCCUACACCUUGUACUAGUUGCGUCUGUACGACGGAAGGUACACAAUGCGCAUCUUUACGAGUUACCGAUUGCAAUCAGUUAUUACGCGAAGCAUCCCGCGAAGCAAUCUUAAGAGACGACGUGUGUACGGCACAAUGUGGUUUCAUUUUAGCUGCCGCCGAAUCGUCUUCAAGAAAUCUUCCGCAAUUCACAACGCCUAGCAGUUUUCCUAGCUUCGGACCUGUCAGAAAUAAUCUCAGGAGUUUACCAACGCCGUUUACGUUCAACGGUUUCAAAUUACCCGAUCUUUCGCAAUUUAUAGGCUGAAUUUUCAAGAGUUCUUUUUUUCUUUUCACUCUUUAGAAACGAAUCUGAAAUACGAAGAUAAAGGACUAGAAACGUUUUGAAAUAUUAUUCGUCGUCCAUAUUUGAUUAUAAGAAAUGAAGAACUUGUAAUGUAUAACGAAAGACUGCACGAUGAAAAACGUCGAUGAAAUAACAAAGUGUACAGAAUUCGUUCAAGAUUCUCAAACGAACAUGUUGGUGAUGUUUGAAUGUAUUGUUUCAUGAUAUCAUGUAUAUGUUUUUUCUUUUUUCUUUUUUUUUUUUCUAAUGCAGAUAUCAGAAAAAAAAACAAGGAUAAUGCGAUUAAGGAGCACGUGUAUUUUUUGUAAAUAUAGAUGAUAUAUAUAUAUCAACCGAGAUAAUUAAUUGAUCGGUUAAACUCGUGCUCUUGGAAGUAUGAUGGAAUAUGUUAAAUUAUCGUUUUUCUAACGAAACGAAAAACUCCAAUGUGAUGAUGAACAAGGAUUAGACGAUUAUAACGUCAUAAUGUGUGUUGGUACUGGCAUUGCUGGAAAAGAAAAAUAAUGAUGAUAAUGAAAAAAAAAAAAAAAAAGAAAAAGAAAAGCAAAAAAGGCAAAAAAAAAAGAUAAAGAAAAGAAAAAGAAAAUAAUAAGAAGAGAUACGAACGAAAAUGAAGAAAGAUGGAUAAUUACUAUGUAAUAAGUUUUCGAUCAAAGCGUGCCAGUUUUUUUUAAAUGUGAUCAAUGGAGUGCAAUUUAUACUGUCCCCUUUUUAUACCCCUCUAUCUUCUCCUAAACACUCUAUUUCCUCCCUCCACCUCCCCUACCUCCCUUGAAGCACGAUGUUUUAUACGUACUUAUUAUUUAUAGGUGAUAUUACUGCUAAAUAACAAAAAUUAUUUUUUUCUUUCUUUCUUUUUCUUUCUUUUUUUUUUCUUUCUAUCUAUUUUUCUUUCUUUUUUCUUUCUUCUAUUUUUUUUUUCUUCUAUUUUUUCUCAUUUCUUUUUUCCCAACAUUUUUCGUUCCUUUUUUUUUCCACGUUACAUCUCUAUCUUAUUUUGUAACUUAAUAACGACGUGUAUUACGUUAAUAAAUGUUAAUGUUUCCUCUUU